AUGACCCUCCAACUUCCAUUCCUUCCGUGGGAAUAUUUCAAACCGAACCCCACUAAGCGAUUCCUAUCUUUGAUGAAUAGUCCAGGAGUUCUGAAUCCUGCAAAUAUCGAUCAGAUCUUCCAGGAUCUGAAACCUAUCAAGCCAGACAACCUUAUCGGAGAAUGGGACGGAUUCAUCCUACCGACAGGCCACCCGUUUGAAGAUGACCUGGAAGACCUGAAUUGGUUUGGGAAUACAUUCGACUCUAUGGAUGAUGUGGCACCCCUCAUGGUUGCGAAGAAUGGGGAACGAGUACGCUUUGAAGAGUGGGGUGGCGCUUCGCUGUGUGAGAUCAGGUACCACGGGGUUGUGUCCGCAGCUUUAAUCUACGACGAGCGCCCUGUGAAGGUACACUACAGAGCAGUACGGUCGGACAUGGUGGCGUGUAUAAUGGAAAGCAAAAGAUUUGAACAAAAGGUUUAUUUUUAUCUGACAAAAUAA